UGUCGUAUAAAGCAAAUGAAACAAUUAAUUUUUAAAAUUAAAGGAAAACAUUAGCUGAUUCAGUUUAUUCAUCUCUGACUUUGCAUGUAGAAAUCAAUGUAAAAAAAAAAGAGUUAUUAUUAAUAGUAAACCAAUCUUUCAGUUAAUGUAAAUAACUGAUAACAUGCAUUUGCUAUUGUCAAUUAGAUCACAAAAGAAAUUUGGCUGGUUAAUGUAAAGAGUUCUCACAUAUUACUCAUUUUGUCCAGCCCGUUCGGGCAUUAAUUGCAGUCAGAUUUAUUCAGUUGACUGUAACAGAUCCUGUACACACACAUUAUAUAUAUAUAUAUAUUGAUCAGAUAUUAUUAUUUUUUUAAGUGUGACACAAUGAACUUUCGAAAUUGAGCACUCACUUAACUGUUAAACUUACUGCACACUCAGUGACUUAUCCUAAAUUAAAUUGCUCUUGGGUUACUUCUUUUGGUAUUUUGAGCUCUUGUUUAUAAAAAUACACCUUAUACUGCUUUUGAAAGCUGCUUAAAAAAUUUAUUGAAAACACAGUGUUGAAAUUUUGUUAUUUUCUAUAACACUAAUUUUUAACUUUAUUGUCUUGAUUGAGUGUGAUGUAUAGCAUCUCCAUUUAUUCAACUUUAUUUCAGUGAAAGAGAAAUGUUGAAAAGAGAAUUUUUCGAAUACUCAGGUUUCCCGGGAGUGAUAGGUGCUUUGGAUUGCACUCAUGUGGCCAUUGUUGCUCCGCAGAAUGAUGGCAAGCAUCUUGAGAAAAACUAUGUGAAUAGAAAGAAUUUUCAUUCUCUGAAUGUUCAACUGGUUUGCGAUAUGCAUAUGCAAAUCAUGAGCAUUUCAGCCAGAUUUCCUGGAUGCACGCAUGAUGCCUACAUUUGGAAGAUGAGUCUUCUGAGGGAUUGGUUCAUCGACAACUCUUCCAGAUUAAAAAUCACAUGGCUUCUAGGUGAUUCUGGCUAUCCCCUAGAGCCAUGGCUCAUGACCCCUCUCACCGAAACGUCUGUGGAGGAAGAAAAUUACAAUUUCAGGCACAGACUCGGGAGGAACAUCAUCGAGAGAUGCAAUGGGGUGUUGAAAGGAAGGUUCAGAUGCCUCUUAAAAGAAAGAGUGCUGCAUUACACACCAACAAUUGCUGGCAUGAUUGUAAAUGCAUGUGCAGUACUGCACAAUAUGUGCAUGAGAGAUGGGGGGUAUCAUAUUACAUAUGAUACCCUCUCAGAAGAGGACAUGCCAUUCAAUACUGGUUUGCCGGCAUGUGACGGUAGAAACGCGGUGAGAAUUCGCGAUAGAAUUGUUACUAUGUUGUGAAUUGUUGUUACUAUGAGAAAAUUUAUUUUGUUUGAAUAAAAAUUUGUUAUUAAUUUUAUAUUUGUUUAUUUACUAAUUUUUUUACUUAACUGUUAACAAAUUAGCAAUGUUUAAAUUUCUUUAUAAGCGAUAGAUGAUGCUUCAAGUUAGCAACAAAUACACAAAUAUAACUGCAGAAUAAAUUGUUACUAAAAAACCAAGAAAAAUAUACAGAAGUUUAGUAAAUAACAGACUCGGAGCACAAAAAUACUGAGCCAAUCGAAGUGGCAGCAUAA